GGAAAAAGUCCUAGAUUAAAAAAAAAAAAAAAAAUGGUUGCCACCUCUGUCUCCCGACUUCCUCGGUCCUUCGGACGAAGAGCCUGCUCAAGUGGGAUGGGAGUGGUGUCGGUGUUACCAUGGUGUUAGCAAAGGAGUAAAUAUCAGUAUGACUAGAUUCUGAGGAAGGGCUUUUGUGUUCCUACCAAGAGCUUGCUGGUGCAGAGGAACAGUGCAAGGACAGCAGGGGCAUUUUGAGCUACCAUGGACAUCCCCACCGAUUUGGUGCCGUCAUCCAUGAUGUCCCAGCCUGAGGUGAUUGAGUCCACAGCCAUGAGCGAACCACAAUGCUACUACAAUGAAACCAUUGCCUUCUUUUAUAACCGAAGUGGAAAAUAUCUGGCCACUGAAUGGAACACUGUCAGCAAGCUGGUAAUGGGACUGGGGAUUACCGUCUGCAUCUUCAUAAUGCUGGCCAACCUCUUGGUUAUGGUGGCUAUUUAUGUCAAUCGCAGAUUCCACUUUCCUAUUUAUUACUUAAUGGCCAACUUAGCUGCUGCGGACUUUUUUGCAGGGUUGGCCUACUUCUACUUAAUGUUCAACACAGGACCCAACACUAGAAGACUGACUGUAAGCACCUGGCUUCUCCGUCAGGGCCUCAUUGACACCAGUCUGACAGCCUCUGUAGCCAAUUUGUUGGCCAUUGCCAUUGAGCGGCACAUCACGGUUUUCCGAAUGCAGCUGCAUACUCGGAUGAGCAACCGCCGGGUGGUCGUGGUAAUUGUUGUUAUCUGGACUAUGGCCAUCGUCAUGGGGGCCAUACCAAGUGUCGGAUGGAACUGUAUUUGUGAUAUCACUCACUGCUCCAACAUGGCACCGCUCUAUAGUGACUCCUACCUGGUCUUCUGGGCUAUUUUCAACCUGGUCACUUUUGUGGUCAUGGUGGUCCUAUAUGCUCACAUCUUUGGGUACGUUCGCCAAAGGACUAUGAGAAUGUCCAGACACAGUUCUGGACCCCGCAGGAAUCGGGACACCAUGAUGAGCCUCCUGAAGACUGUGGUCAUUGUGCUUGGUGCUUUCAUAAUCUGCUGGACCCCAGGAUUAGUCUUGCUGCUCCUCGAUGUUUGCUGUCCCCAGUGCAAUGUCCUGGCCUAUGAAAAAUUCUUCCUGCUCCUGGCAGAGUUCAACUCUGCCAUGAACCCCAUCAUCUACUCCUACCGGGACAAGGAAAUGAGUGCCACGUUCAAGCAGAUCCUGUGCUGCCAGCGCAGCGAGAGCGCCAAUGGCCCCACCGAGGGCUCGGAUCGGUCGGCGUCCUCCCUGAACCACACCAUUCUGGCUGGGGUGCACAGCAAUGACCACUCCGUGGUGUGAAGCCACAGCCGGCCCUGCCACCGACAAAGAGCAGCGGGCUGUGGGGCAGAGAGGUGCCUGGCCCCAGGGAAGGUAACCCACUCACCUUUUCUCAAACACUAAUGGACUACAAGCGCAUCUUUUCCGGGGGGCCUGACAUGCCAGCACAGACUGCCCCAUCCACAGGACUGGCCGUUCUGCAAGGCCUUUGAUUUCUACUUUGAAAAAGUAGACCAUAGUUGCUUUGCAGAGGUCAUCAAUGGCCCUUGGAAAGCCUUGCUGAGACUGUUGGACUUUGCUGCAUCUUGGUGCCAGUCUGAAUCAACUCUGAUUAAUUAAGCUUAUACCUGCUUCACUGCAUUUACAUGUAGCCACUUAGUAUUUUUAAAAAGGGAGUAAAGGGGAUAAAAAUAUGCCUAUCAUUUAAUAGACAUGUAAUAUGUAUCACCAUCAGCAUGCUUGUGAUGAACAUUUUCUGUGCAGGGAGUAAAACUGUCCUCUAGUCUUUGUAUCUUUAGACACACUGUCAUAACUACAAUAAAAAGAAAAGGGUUUUUUUUCUAACACAGGCAACAGGAAGAUGAGGGAAACUGACCCUUCUUACCUUCUUUACUGGCGUUAGAGAAUGCAUGUUCUGUGUGUAUGCAAAUUGUUUUAAUUAUGAAAAAAGCUCUUUGUAAAGUCUGCUGGAAAGUAGAAAAGCAUAGACUGUAUUCCAGUGUUUGUUUAGAUUAUGAAAUAAACAGUACUUUAGUCACAAUGUAUAUAAGGUUCAUCUUUGAAAUGCAGUAUGAAAUUUGUAACAUGAGGGGUACCAAGUUUUUUAUGGAUAAGUCCUUAAAGUAGGAGUCCCUAAGGCUCUUGAAGGGCUACAGUCAGGUCGGUAGACUGCAAAAAUUGUAUUUAUGGCACAUUCUUGGAAUGCUUUUCUUGUUAAUGGCAAAAAGCAUACGCAUUUUUAAUGGGAAAAAGGUAUGUUUUAAUGGAACUUUUCUUGUAACUGAAAACAAAACACUUUCUGCAUUUUUGCACUGAAAAGUAUAUGUAGAGUACCGUUCAAAUGAUGCCCCUUUAAUUUCAAAAGCAUUGGGCUACUAAGAACCAGGGCAAAAUUUUAUUUUGUAAAUCAACACUUCACAAGGUAGUUAUCCAUUGCAAAUAACUGGACCGUACUACAGGUAGUAGCCACACAUGUACACUGUUAUAAAUACCUAAGGUAACAGGUGUUUUUUUUUCAUGUGAGACUGUUUUGAAGAGAAAUCUCACUCAUGUGAAUAUCAGUUGCCAAGAAUUGCUGAUAUUAAACAAAAUUCAUUAACAGGGGUAAAUGUGAGCAAAGGUGGGAUCUUGCUGAUAAAAAACUUGGGACCUGUUUCCAGGAAAUUAUGUGUUCUGCUAACAAUGUAAAAUAUAUCAACAGUAAAUUCCUGGCGCUGUUUUCAUCAUUGUAAUUUGUCUAUAACAGAAAAACCAAAGAAAACAAAAAAAGGGGGGGGGGGGGGGAGACCAGGAAAAAAAAAAAAAAAGAAUGAAAAAAUCCACACUCACAAAAAAAUAACCCAAAAAACAAAAAAACAGAGGUAUAUAUCCUUCAUUGUACCAUACUGGAAUGUAACUUAAGGGAUGAUAUUCUCCCGCUUGGGCAGGGAAAAAAUGGAAGGUAGAGGGUCAUCCCAGAAAAAUGCAGUAUUUUCAGCAUCUCUUGCUUUGAGGAAAUGCUUGGGGUUUAUGCUUCCAAGCAUAAAAUUGUUUGGAAUAGGCAGUUCCUUGCUGAGAGUGAGAAGAGAAACAAGUGAACAAACCUGCCUCCACUGAAUAAAGUGAGAGUUUUGACACUCCUUUCAGUAAAACUGAAAUCCAACUGAACUGUCAAGCUAGUUUUGUGUGGACACUGUGGAAGGUGGAAUAGACAGAGAGAAUAAACACAACAUGGUCUGCCAGUUGGCCAAGGUUUUGAAUAUAUCUGCUUGCUUUGAACAAAAAUGGUCUUUUCUUCUUACUCUAUUUGAGAGCAAGCGAAUGUACAGGUUGAUUUGGUUUUAUUCACAGAAGUGUACUGAGAAACAGAAGACCAGGCUGUAUGAACUUUUUCAUUUAAAAGCAACUGCUUGCUAAUCCACUCAUAAUUUUUUCCCUAGUGCCUGCUUGAUACUUCAACUAGUGUAGGUAAGCAGAAGAAAGGAGAGUGUAAGACUGCGUCCAAAGACAGGGGACCUGUGACAGAAAAACGAUUUCUCAGGAGUGCUUGGAGUUCCUUUAUUCCUUGGGUCCAGCAAGAACACUUUUUCCUAACAUCCCCACAAAAGUAGAAGAUCAUAGGGUUUUGGGAGGUUUUGGGCUGGGGAGUUGCUUUUUCCAAGUGUUCUUUUCACUGCUGUUUGCAUGCUUUUAUUGAACCUCACCUGAAUAGAGUGGGAGGAUGAUGUUACAAAAUAGCAGCAAAUCAUUCACCCUAGUUUAACCUGCUGGAAGUCUGGUGGGUUUUGAGAAGCCAUGGGUGAAUAACUUGAAAACAGGAAUGCUGUUUUUGUUUGAGACAUGGGUGGGUCCAGAGACCUCUUAUGAAGACAGAUGCCCAAGGAGAUUUUCUGUCAUCGUUGUGGUUGUAACUGAUGGCAGUUGCUGUGCACAUGCAUUGAUCAACCCAAGGAGGAACUCAACAAUUUAAGAAGCCGAACCUUUUGAACUCUUAGCAGCAAUUAAAUUUCAGUUAACAGGAGUAUUAAUCCAGGAGCAUAUCUAAUAACAGGUGGCUUUUCUUCUAAAAGGUGAAGUGCAAUGUUUCAGAUCAAAUGCAACAGGAAGAAAAUUGAUGGAAUUCCACUAGAGGAACUUACUGAGCACUUGGCUACUGUAAAAAAAUUGAUUAGUGCUUUGUGUUGUUGACAUGUCGCUCCUAUAUCCUUAAGAAAUCUGAUCUGUGAAUUGAGUACUUCUUCACAAACUGAUGAAAUUAAAGCUCCAAUGAGCAGAGAGAAUAAAAACCGGAGCAUGGACUAGAAGGAUUCAUUUGCUCUGUUCCUUAGAAUGGUUCCCGGGCAUUUGUUUUCAUCUCAGAAUUUUUUCAAGUUUUGCUCUUCUAUUCAUAUUUUCCAGCCUCAUUGUGCAGUGGUAGAACUCACUUCUGCUAUGUGAAAACAUGGUGCAAAGUACUUAGGGAAUAAGAUUGCCCCACUUAUUUUUACUUAUCUCAAAUUCUUCAAAAGGUUUUAGGAGACUUCUUAAAAUACCAACGAUCCUCCCACAGUCAUUAAAAUUCUUUUGUUGCUGAUUGCCUCUGGUCCAAGUAAAUCCUCUUGAAGUUCAAAUGUAAUGGUGUUUGUGUCAGCAAUUGCUGUGGUGGGGAGUUGUGUAUUAAAAGGAAUAUUAUUUGCAGAUCAAGGAAAAUUUGUUUUCCUAUUUCUUGUAUUUUCAGUGGCAGUAUAAAUAUGAAGAGUAAUUAAAAAGAUAGCCUUUGAAUUUUAAUUCCCUGUUGCUGUGAUAUAUAGAGGCUAGGUAACUCAUUGGUCAGAAAAAGCACAACCUUUUUAUAAAAGAUUGAAAAUAUAUUCUAUGUAUUUUGACACAUUGGUUUUCUUGUCAGCCCCUUUUUUUGUUCUGAGUAUCACUUGACAGCUUCAGGCUGGCUUCUGACUGAGAUACUAAAAGCUGGGCGGAAAGAAAAGAGGGCAGACCAAAACAAGGCUUUUUCAGUGAUUCCUACAACUAAGCUUACCUCUCUGUCCAUAGUGCACCAGUAACGAGGCUUUUUUUAAUAGUUGCCACAAGAUUCACCGAUUCACCUUUUUUUUUUUUUUAACUCUGCCAAGUAGCCACAGCUGUAGCAGCAUUUAAACAAGAGGGCAACAAAGGCUUGGAGCAGGCUACUCGGCAGAAAGGGCAGGCCAGCUAUCUGCAUGGGGCAAACUAAGCCUGGGUAACUUGGAUGUCAAAGAGGAAAGGACAUGACUUAUGUCUAGUGUUUUAGUUCUCCUUCCUCUGCUAAGAAUCUUCUCUCUAUCAACCGAGAUUUGUCCCAGUAUGGGAUUGCACUGAAAUGAAAAUUUUUGGGUCAUUCCAUGGACUAUCUUUUGAUCUGUACUGGUGAGGUGGGCAGGGGUUCAGCCAUGGCCAGUCUGGGUCCCAGGAGCAGUGUGUGAGGGGAAACCCAAGUGGGCUCUGCCUCUGAAGCAGGUUUUAUAGCUUUUUCUGGUCUUUGUGUUGCCCCAGAAGUAUGCUACCAGAUACCAUACUUAACUACUGUAAAUACCCCACCUGGGGUUUCUGUCUGUGACACUGCUACAGACAGAGCUGUCUGCAGUGGGUAUCCACAGACAAAAAAUAUGCAGCUUUUUCUGUGAAAGAAAUAAAAGUCCACCCUGCAGAUUGCUCUUCCCUGGUGGGAUUAAAAAGAUCUCUACCAGAUGGAGAGGCCUUGAUGCAAACACUCCUGGUCUGCCUUCCAGUCAGUCUGAAUCAAGGUAAUGCAAAGCAGAGUGGGCAAAGGUGUUUCUCCAGGGCAUUGUCCCCACCCCUUUGGAGGUGUGACCCAUUCCUGGUGUCCCUGUCAUUGUUUUGGGUCCCUUCUGACUGGAAGACUGGAUGUAGCUGGCAGAGGUCAGUCCUAGCGAACCGUCUGGGUUUUUUUCCACUUGCUGCAGUGAUAAAUACAGGCUUUUCCUUCUUCUGAUCCUGUUAAGGGCUUUCCUGUUAUUGCAAGUGUACCUGUCAUGUCCUUUCAAACCAGCUGUGAGGCAUCAAUCUGUGCUAUACACUGAUGUCUUUAAAGAGAGGAUUUGCAACUGCAGUCUCAUUUGUUCAGACAAAUUGCUUGGGCUUUACCAUUUGAUUGGAGAGGCCACUACCAAUAGAGAGUUACGUUCAAAAGUACUGACGCCCACAGCUGUCCAGCAACAGCGCCUUAAGAAAAUAUGCCCUUAUCUUCCCUUCCAUUUUCCUCUUAGAGGAUUUUCUCAGAAACUAUUCACCCAGCUCCUCCUUUCUAAAUCUAUCAAGGAGGAAAAAAAAAAAGAGGUUGAUAUUUACAGAAAACAAACAAAACACCCAACCCAAAACAAAAAAAAUUACAACAAAAACCUCACAAAACAAAACAACACAACAACAACAACAAAAAACAAAUGAAAAACACAGAGCACAAGGAUAUUAAACUACGCUGCUGUCUUCUGCGGUACAUGGAAAUCCAACACACUGAUAGCUGCCAGCAUUUUAACAAGAGCCUCCAUGAAAUGUUCCCAUUUGCCUGUGAUAAAAUUCUGAUAACCAGAAGUGUAUGUGGGAGACUCAGGAAUCUGUUAGUUUUUCCUGUUUAAAUAAAGCCGUGUUUGUAAUUCAAAAGUAUUGAGAGAACCAGUGAGCUUUGGCAAACAAUUUUGUUACUAAGUGCACUUACUGUAAAUGUUUAGAAGCUGUAUCUAGUACAAUAAAGUAUUUGGCAUGUGUAA